AUGCGCGCCGGUCUGUGCACGGUGAGCGCCCCCUUGGCCGCGUGCAGCCCGGCAGCAGCGCUACCGCCCACGGCUCGUUUCCUGGCGCUCCACGUGCUGCACCAGCAGACGCUCUACUUCAUCGUGCAGGCCAAGUCCAGGGUGAGGGAGCUCUAUCAGCAGACAUGCCGCCACUUCGCCCUGCAGGGUAUGCUCGACACGGACCUCUUCGGAUUGGCCCUCAUUUGUGAUGGAGAGUACCUAUUCGCGGAGCCGGACAGCAAGCUAUCGAAGUACGCGCCGAAGAGCUGGCGCUCGUCGCACAGCCAUGGCCUCGACGCCAACGGCCGUCCGGCGCUCGCCUUCUACUUCCGCGUCCAGUUCUACGUCGACAGCCCGCUGUUGCUGCGCGACGAGACCACGCGCCACCACUACUACCUGCAGCUGCGGCUCAACGCGGCGUCGGGCGCCGCCGGCGACCACGCCGCCCACCUCGCCGGGCUCGCGCUCCAGGCGGACUUGGGCGACCACGGCGACGCCGCCGCCACCUUCCGCCCGGAGGACUACGUGCCGCCGGACAUGCGCGGCCCGGCGGCGCUGCGCCUCGUCGACGCCGCCCACAGGACCCACCGGGGCCUGUCCAAGAACGAGGCCAGGACGAGGUUCAUAGCGGACACUUGCCAGCUGCAGGAACCCGUCAACGCUCACGUAUUUAGGUUAAGAGCUUCGAAAUCGGAACCGUCUCCGGGCUCGUUGAUUUUGGCGGUGUGUCCAAGAGGUCUGAAAGUAUGCCCGGAGAACAACCCGCCGUCGAUAUUCCUCUGGAGCAGCAUCGGCAAGCUGAGCUUCGAGCGCAAGAAGUUCGAGAUCCGCACCGGCCACGAGAAGCUCACCCUCUACACGAGCAGCGACGAGAAGAGCCGGCUGCUGUUGGGCCUGUGCAAGGCCGCCCACCAGUUCAGCAUGGCGGUGGCGCCGCGGCUGAGCGAGGCGCGGCGCGAGGAGGAGGAGCGCCGGCGCUGGGACGGCGACCAGCGCGUCUCGGUGAUCAGCUCGACGUCGUCGAACACGACGUCGGGCAUCGUCAGCGAUCGCGUGCACUCGGAGGACGAGCUCGAGAUCAUGAUCACCAGUCCGCCGGCGCCGUCGACGGAGAGUCUGGCUCUGGCUCACCUGCUGGACAGUGCGCCGGCUAGCAGCCGGACGUCGGCGGCGUCGGCCGCCGCCGCUUUGGCGACGCUCGCGUUGAAGGAGGACGAGGACGAGGCGAAGCCGACGCUCAGCGAGAGUUCGACGAAGACGGCCAACGGUAAAUGUGCUGGAUCACAAUGCAGCUCUUCGUGCAGUACUGUCGUUGUAACGCCCGUUCAAACCAAAACUAAAGGACGAAGAUCGUCCACUACGAGUAGUUUGGAGUUAGGUUACUCUCAUACAGCUCAAAAUUCCUCCGUCAGCGAUGCCACUUGCAUCGAACUGGACGCGACCGAGGCGGUUUACACGUCCGGCCCGGCGCCGAGUAGCCACACCAGCGGCGUGUACACUCUAACAUCCAGCGAACAGUAUACUCUAAGUUCAAGUGAUCACUAUACUAGCCCCAGUGAACAGUAUAGUGUACCUAGUGAGCAAUUCUCGACGCCCGAGGACCACGUGGACGGUCACUUCAGAGACCGGACGAAUUCGAACGUCAGCAAUUCGGGGUCGUUCCACGGGGACGGCAGCGAUCCCACCGACGCCAAACAAACCUUGCUCUCCGCCGAGGAAUUGUCCGAUCUGAUCGUCGGCCGGUACCCGUCCUGCAAAAGCGUCAGCCACACGUUAGACUCCGAUUCGGAUUACGUUACGUUACCGUCCUCGUACCAGGGCUACGCUCCGGUGCCGCCCAAGCGAAUCGACAGCGUCGACCAGAGAUUCAGGCCGCCGCCGCCGCCGUACGGCGCGCAACUGUCCAAGCCGCCGCCGGCCGAGCCGGCCUGUCUCGAUUUCGACGAUUGCUCGGCGGCGCCGGGACGGUUGCUGCGCAGUCCGCCUCCUUACCCGGAGAACACCACGCCCGUGCCGCCGCCGGUGUACCCGUUCGAGGAGGCGGGCGCCCGCUUCAUCACCACCCGAUCGCCCAGCGUGCUGACGGCCCACGCCAGCUCAGUCGGCGUCACUUCCUCGCCGAGUUACUCGACGCCGAACAGCGUUCCGCCGAUUCCGCCGAAGAUACCGCGACCGCCGCCGAAGAACGCCGUCGUGUCGCCGAAUAAUUACUUGGACGUAGCGGCGAGUAAAGCGAGCGUGUUGGUGCCUUGUACGUUUCUACCUCCGCCGCCGCCGCCGGCGCCCAGGCAACCACCACCGCCUCCGCCUACGUCUUUGGCGACCGUGUAUCCCAGUCAAUUGUCGCUGUCGCAGAUCGAGCAGUACCAGCAGCAGAUGUACAGCGACGUGGAUUUCGUGGUGUUUCCUCUGAAGGAGCCGGCGAUCAGCAAGCAGGAGUACCUGGAGGCGAAGCAGGGUGCAUCGCUGAUGGCGGCGCUGGCGCAACAGCCGAUAUUCUACAGGAGCACGCCGUACUUGAGCCGGUACGCUUCCAGCCAGAAUCUAUCGGACACCUACGUGCAGUUACCCGUGUACGGCGCGCCGAGCGUCUCCUCCACCGGCAGCUUGGACCCGCCGCCGCCGCCGUUGCCGCCCAACCGGCCGGGGAAGUUCGCGUUCACCAGGACGCGAUCGGACGACAACAUCCUGAACUCGCUGGAUUUGAAGCGACCGCCGAAGUUCAGGCGGCUGCCGCCGCCGCCGCCGCCCGUUCCCGAGAAGCCGGCGGACGCGGCGAAGGCGGCGCGGAAGCCGGCUAGUCCGGAGAAGGCGUCCGCGUUGGACAUUCGCACGCUGCGCGAGAAGAGCAAGAAGAUGGACCUGCCGCUGAUAUCGGCGCUCUGCAACGAUCGCUCGCUUAUCAAGCAGACGAAGGCGUUCGUGACGCCGAAGGUGGCGGGCGAGGGCGCGGCGCCGUCGAAGCUGCCGGCGGGCAAGCAGUCGAGGAAGACGCCGUCGGUGCAUAGGAGGAAUCCGGGCGAUAAGCUGCCCGAGAUCCCGCGGGCGACGCCCAACAACUACAUCCUGACCGAUUUGCGUGUCAAACACAAGACUGUGCAGUCGCAAUCGUGA